GGCCCCGCCAUGUACCCGGCCUGGGGCUUGUACGGGGCGGCGGGGCACUACCCGCCGCCGCCCACCUCCAUCCCGCCGCCGCCGCUGCCCAUCCCUCCCCCCAGCGUGCCGCCUCCGGCCGUCCCGCCGAUGCCGAUGCCCAGCUACCCGCCGCCGGGCCCCGCGCCUCCCGCCGCCCCGCCGCCGCCGCCCUCCGGGACCUCAGGGUUCCUGAGCCUGCAGGAGCAGCAUCUGGCGCAGCUGCAGCAGCUUCAGCAGAUGCACCAGAAGCAGCUGCAGUCCGUGCUGCUGGGGCCGCCGCCUCCGCCGGGGCCGCCCCCGCCGGGGCUGCCGCCGCCGCCGCUGCCCGGCUCCUUCACCGACUGGCAGCAGCCGCCGCCGCCCGUGCCGCCGCCCGUCCGCAGCUACCAGAAGCAGUUCGCCCACCGCGAGCCGCCGCCGACCCGCAAGCCCCCUGCCUCCUCCCGGGAGCGCGACGGCCAGGAGCCUCCGGGCGGCCAUGGCGAUUGGGGCGAGCCGGUGCCCUCCUCGCCCGUGCCCAUGGACAUGGAGCUGUCCUCGCCGCCGCAGUCCCCGCAGCCCGCCGCCCAGGCCUACCUGCCCCCCGCCCAGGCCUACCUGCCGCCUCCCCAGGCGGAGCCGUACCUGCCCCCCACCCAGCCGCCCCCGGCCCAGUCCCCGCCGCUCCAACCCUACCUGUCCCGGGCGCAGCCUCCCCCCUCCUUCUCCGAGCCCCCGCCCUCCUACCUGGAGCCCCCGCCGACCUCCGCCUCCCAGCCGUACCUGCCGCCCCCUGCCCAGGGCUACCUGCCGCAUCCCCAGCCCUACCUGCUCCCCUCCCAGGCCUCCCCUUCCCAGCCAGCUCAGCCCAGCCUGGCCCCCUCCAUCCCUCCCCCGUCCAAGCCAUCGCAGGCUCAUUUCCCCCAGCCCUCCUUGCCCCUGCCCGCCGCUGCCCAGCCGGAGGCCGCGCAGGCUGCUGCCAAGGAGACCGGUGGCACCGAGCAGCCGGACCCCUCCACCAUGACUCCCCAGGAACAGCAGCAAUACUGGUACCAGCAGCACCUGCUUAGCCUGCAGCAAAGGGCAAAAGCCCAUGCUCAAGGACAGCAGCAAAUGAAAGGUCCAGUAGUUAAGGAAGGAUCUGAUCAGAGAGCAAAGUCUGAAGAAGGGAAAAUGAAUGCUUCAGCUCAGCAAUCUGAACCUCCUUCACUUAAUGAGACCCUGCCUCCAGCUUCCAAAGAAGAGUCUUCUCUUACAUCCACUGAAACUCAGCUCAAUAUUGAACCUCCUGAUGACCCUGAGGAAGAUUUGAGAUUACAGCAAUUGCAAGAGGCAGCAGCUCAGUGGCAGCAGCAUCCCCAUCACCGAGUUGGAUUUCAGUAUCAGAGAAUAAUGCAGAAGCAUGCCCAGCUGCAGCAGAUAGUGCAGCAGUAUCAACAGAUCAUGCAACAGCCUCCGCAUUUACAGACAAUGUCUGUGGAUAUGCAGCUGCAACAUUAUGAGGCACAGCAAAAACAGUUCCAGCAGCUUCAUAAAGAUUGGGAGCGAUCAAUGAACCAACAGUGGCGGCAUCAGCUUCAAACCUACCCUCACAAAGACCAGCUUCAAGAGUAUGAGAAGCAGUGGAAAGCAUGGGAUGAACAGAUGAAGGUCACUCAGUCCCAUUUGCAGGAGAAAGUGAGCUCGCUCCAAAACCUGAAGAAUCAGUAUCCUGCAAAUGUUUCGCUGCCACCUCCGUUUGUUCCGUAUUCUCAGGCCACUCAAGGUGGCAUUCCUAUCCUGCCUCCAACGUUACCUUCAACACCACCGCUGGUCCCUCCGCCUCUCUCUUCUGUUUCUCAGCUAUCUAAUUCCUCUGUCCCUUCAGGAUCCAGUUCUCAAAGCAGCCAAUCUACUGAGACACCAAGGCCAGCUCUACUUCCCACCCCUGGUACCUAUGCAUCAAAAAUAGGUAGUUCAGCUGGGUAUUCACCUUAUCAUUCUCAAGUAAGUUCAUCCUUUGGCUCUUCAGACCAUCUUAAUAAACAAACUGCUUCAUCUGAGCAAGGAUGUGGGGAACUGAAAGCUACUUCUGCAGUGUCUUCCACACAUGCACCUACCAUGCAGGAUAAACCAGUGAGGUCAGGAGGAUUGCUUCCAGAUCCUCCUAGAUCAGCACGUUUUGAAGGCCCCAGAGGUCCUAGAUUUGAUGGACCUCGAGGAAGAGGAUAUGACAAAUUUGAAGGCUCAAGACAGAGAGGGCCUCGUUUUGACUCCCAGCGCUCAGAAGGAUACAGAUCACGUUUUGACCGACAGAAUACAGAUGGACAGUCUUCAAGUAGAUGGGGGACUAUCCCACGAGGACCUGCAGCACAAUUUUAUACUUCAACAAAUGCAUCACACGGACAUGGUUCCCGACCUGGUGGUCCACGGUGGAGGGGGCCCAGGCCUCAUCUGGGACAGCAACAGCAGCAGCAGUCACAGACAGACUUACUGGCAGAAAACAAAGAACCUUUUACAGAUGUAGCUGGCAAUCAACAGACUGUAAGCAGAACACAAUCUGCUUCUGAUGCACAAAGUGCAGGUCCUGUCGAGCCAAAUGAGGACCUGACAAACGCUCAACAGGAAACACCCAAACCUGAAGUCAAAGAAACUAGUUCAGACCCUCCUAAAAAGUGGACAUGGAGUUCACAUGAUCCUAACCAGCAAGUAGAAGAGUCCAAAGCACCUACGCCACCUAUUCAGAACCAGAAUUCAACAUCCCUUUCUAGUAACCCUGUAGCUUUGCAGUCAGGUGUUGGAAGAACAGGGGGUGCAGUAACCCCUGUAACAGGAAAUCAGGAUCUGGAUUCACCAGAUGGUCAGCUGAUUGCCUCUGAUAGCACCCAGGGCCUAUCUGGACCAGAAAGCAGAGGGAAGGGGCCAUUUAUACACGAAGAUAGAGGCAAGGGACCAGUAAGCAGAGGAAGGGGCCAGGGCAGACUGAAUGAUGGCCGUGGCAGAGGGCAGGGGGAUGGCCGUGGCUGGGGAAUGGGCCGUGGCAGGGGAAUGGGAAGGAUGGAUGGUGGCCGAGGGAUGGGAAGGAUGGAAGGUGGCUGGGGAAUGGGCAGGAUGGAUGAUGGCCAUGGCCGGGGAAUGGGCAGAAUGGAUGAGGGCCGUGGCAGAGGGUAUGUAUACAGAGGCAGGGGGCAGGCUAGGCAGGCAUCCAUCCGUGGCAGGGGGAUGUUCAGGAGAGCAGACAGCAGGGAGAGGAUGCCGGAUAGGCGAUCAGGCAGCAGGGAGAGGAUGCCAGAUGGAAGGUCUGGCAGCCGAGAGCGGGGAAUGGGUGGACGACCUGAUAGCCAUGAGAGGGCAUUCUCUGGCCGAGACAGAGAGCUGGCUGGGCGGACAGGCAGUCGGGACAGGGGACGGGCCAGUAGUCGGGAGAGAGGCCCAGUCAGGCGGGCAGGUAGCCGGGAGAGGGAACCCAUGAGGCGGGCAGGUAGCCGGGAGAGGGUCCCUGUCAGGCGGGCGGGUAGCCGGGAGAGGGGCCCCAUGAGGCGGGCGGGUAGCCGGGAGAGGGGUCCAGUCAGGCGGGCAGGUAGCCGGGAGAGGGCUCCCAUUCGGAGGGCAGGUAGCCGGGAAAGGGAAGCAGGAAGAUCUGAAACAGGCAAUGUAGAUAAACCCAUUCACCUAGGAGAUGACCCUGAUAAAUUGCCUCCAUACCAUCGAGAUGAGACACUUAGGGGUUCUUGGGGUCAGGAAGAUGAUAGAAUGCAGGAGGAAUUUCCUUUCAAUAGUCAAGAUGACCCUUCUUUGGAGCAUGAGCAAUUGGAUGACUGGGAAAGAGAGCGAUACUGGAGAGAUCACAACUCUGAUUAUCAGGAUGAUUCUGUAGAUGUGUAUGACAGAGAUGACAGAUUGCAAUCUCACCAUUCAUUGCCCCCACUAUCUCCCCUACCUCCACUACCUCCUUUAUCAUCUGAUCAUGACAGGCGAGAUUCAUGGUGGGAUGACUGGAAAAGGCCAAGAGAGAGAGAGAUAGAGAGAGAUCUAGAUAGGACUGGAAGAUCCUCAGAUGUUUAUGAUCAAGAUGUAGACAGAGAGUGGGAUAGAGACUGGGAUGUCAGACCUAUGGAUGAUAGAGAAAUGGGGAAUCGUGACCUCGAUAUCCCUCCUCUACCACCAUUGCCACCUCUUCCACCUCUGGACAGAUACCGUGAGGAUAGGUGGAGGGAGGAUAGGAACAGAGAUCAUUAUGACAGAGACCUCCGGGACAGGGGUGAACUGAGGAUUCGAGAGUAUCCAGAGAGAUACGACACAUGGCAGGAGAAGCCAGACUACAUGCCUGAAAGAACUGACUGGGAGAGGGAACGGUUGUCAGAGAGGUGGUAUCCCGAUGAUGGAGACAGAAUGCGGUCUUUUGAUGAUCAUUCAGAUUCAUCCCUUCCUCCACCUUCACAUUCCUCUGAUAUGCUGGGAGCAGAUUCAAAUCUGGACUCUGACCAGUCCUUGGGAGGAGUGAUGGUCCUUAGCCAAAGACAACAUGAGAUAAUUUUGAAGGCUGCCCAAGAGCUCAAAAUGCUUCGAGAGCAAAAAGAACAGCUACAGAAGUUGAAAGAGUUUAAACCUGACAUUUCCACACAAGACUCUCCUAGAUCACAGAACACAAGCACAAGGCCAGGUGCCUUUCAGGUCUCUUCUCAGCUAUCUUCAGAGGCACCAGUAGAAGCACAAGCUAUUAAACCUUCUCCUGCUGUUAUUAUAAAGCCUCCCGUGUUGUUCAGACAGCCCACCCCUGUGACAAGACCAAGUGCCCCACUGACAAGGCCUGCUACACCUAUGACAAGGCCACAUGCUCCAGUUUCUACUGCAACUACAACCCCAAGUCAUGGUCAGUCUUUAAAACCAUCACCUUCUGCUGUGGAACAGGAACGCUGGGAUGAGGAUUCCUUCCACGGUCUCUGGGACACAAAUGAUAAAGGAGUAAAUAUGGAGUACGAGUUGUGUAAACAGGAGUCAAUGAUGCCUCCACCCAUCUCCUCGCCUGUGAAAGUACCUGCUGUUCACACCUCUGUCCCGUCAGCUGUACCAGUGUCCCUUCCUCCAGUUAUUCCACCAGUUCCUAAAGCACCUGUAAUUCAGCAAACUGUGGAUUAUGGCCACGGGCGAGAUAUUACUACCAGUAAAGUGGAACAGAUUCCAUACGGGGAGAGGGUAACCCUGCGUCCGGAACCUUUACCAGAGAGGCAAACAUUUCAAAAAGACCAUCCUGGUCGUUACAACAGAGAAAGAGAUCGUGAGCCUUAUUUUGACCGUCAAGGUAAUUCCAACACAGAUCAUCGGGAUUUCAAAAGAGAACGGGAAUUGCACAGAGACCGUGGUUCUGUGGAGUAUGAAAGAGAGAGAUUUGAGAAAGAGCGGCAUUCCAGAGAUGAUAGGGUUCUUCCUACUACACCUUCAAGGACUCAGUCUUACCGUGACAAGAAAGACCAUCCCAACUCCAGGAGGGGUGGUUUUGAUAGGCCACCAUAUGAACGGAAGACAGAUCGUCCAGCAUAUGAACAUGGGCCUUCCAUGUUUGGAGACAAUUCUUCUGUCCAAACACUGGAAUUUGAAGGUGAUCGUAGAAAUUUCCCUGAGGAAAGGAUUCCUAUUUCUGCCCCAUCAAUACCCCGUCAGCCACCACCUGCUCCACGUGUGGAAAGGAAGCCAGAAUCUAAAAAUGUAGAUGAUAUUUUGAAGCCACCAGGACGGGAUAGCAGGCCAGAGAGGAUUGUAAUCAUAAUGAGAGGGUUGCCUGGCAGUGGAAAGACACAUGUAGCAAAACUCAUCAGGGAUAAGGAAGUAGAGUGUGGAGGGCCUGCACCAAGAGUGCUUAGCCUGGAUGACUAUUUUAUCACUGAAGUGGAAAAAGAAGAGAGAGACCCAGAUACAGGAAAAAAAGUGAAAAAGAAGGUGAUGGAGUAUGAAUAUGAAGCUGAUAUGGAAGAGACCUAUCGGACGAGCAUGUUUAAAACUUUUAAAAAGACAUUGGAUGAUGGCUUUUUCCCCUUUAUUAUCCUUGAUGCUAUCAAUGAUAAAGUGCGACAUUUUGAACAGUUUUGGAGUGCUGCAAAAACAAAAGGUUUUGAGGUGUACUUAGCUGAAAUGAGUGCAGAUAACCAGACGUGUUCCAAGAGGAAUAUUCAUGGACGCAAACUAAAGGACAUAAGCAGGAUGUCUGAGCACUGGGAGGCAGCACCACGUCACAUGAUGCGCCUGGACAUUCGUUCUCUGUUGCAGGAUGCUGCUAUCGAAGAGGUGGAGAUGGAGGAUUUUGAUGCAAAUAUUGAAGACCAGAAAGAAGAAGCCAAGAAGGAUACAGCAGAGGAAGAAGAGAGUGAACUGGGUUACAUUCCGAAAAGCAAAUGGGAGAUGGACACUUCUGAGGCAAAGCUAGACAAGCUGGAUGGUCUGCGGACUGGCGCUAAAAGGAAACGUGACUGGGAAGCAAUUGCCAGCAGAAUGGAAGAUUAUCUGCAGCUUCCAGAUGAUUAUGAUACACGUGCUUCUGAACCUGGAAAGAAAAGGGUGCGGUGGGCAGAUCUAGAAGAAAAAAAAGAUGCAGACAGGAAAAGGGCCAUUGGUUUUGUUGUUGGACAAACAGACUGGGAGAAGAUAACAGAUGAAAGUGGUCAUCUUGCUGAGAGAGCCCUUAACCGCACCAAGUAUAUAUGAAAAAAUGGUUAAACGGAAUUUUGUGCCUUUAAGGCCAUUUAUUCUGAGAAGAAGUGAACCAAGGUGUCAUGGGCAUCUUGCAUGGGUCAUGUCACUCACACCUUCACAGUUUUUCUUUUGUUACUUUAGUUUCAGAAGUUUUCAUGCGAUAUUGGCAGAUAACCGGUGCCCUCAAAAACCCAAUGAAUCCCACUGCUCCGAAGUGAGAGACCAUUUACUUUUUAAUAUUUUUUUCUUGGGGGGGGAGGGGGGUGGGAGAGGGCAGUAGUUUUAGCUGCUGUUUGUGGGAUAAAGUGGAAGGAUUAGACAAACGUUAUCUCCACUGUUACUGUCACAGAAUGUUUAUCACCUUUGCUUUGUGGCUGUUCUCGUUUUAUACUGUAUGUACCUUGUAGCUUAUUGUAUUAGGAUGCAGAACAAUAAAUUUCACUAUAAACUC